UUCUCUCUUUCUUUCGCGCUCUUCUCUUCCGCUCUCCAAACCCCAUAUUCUCUCUGUUCUCUCAACAUUCCAUUUUUUCGUAUAUAAUGGAGGAGAGAGAAAUUGGAGGACAGAAAGAGAGAGAAGGUCAAACGGAUUCAGCCAAAACCUCAAUCCGUUCUCGAACUUCUCUCAAAACCCAUCCAUUUUUCAACCAUCAUGACAUUUGGAAACGCAAGCUAAGGGAAAACUGUUACAAAAGGGUCCGAGAAGAUAGAAGGCGCUUGGUUUGGAAAAUGAGAGUGAUACCCAGCUCUCAACCUCUUAAUUUAGGUUCCAAGGAUUUGAUCAAAUCUGCAUUUAAGGAUAUCGUUUCCGAUGAACUGAAAAAGUUGAAGGACUCUUCAUCAUAUGACAAUAUGAAGACCUCGACUUCUAUCCCUGAGAGUGAUGAUAUUUUAUGGGAAUAUGGUGGACUUCAUGAUGCUUAUCAAGGUGAAUGUGAAGAAAUACUGUUAGAAAUGCAGAUGAUCUUUUAUGAGGAUCUCAGUACGGAAUUGGCUAGGAAAGAACCAGAAAACUACGUUGAAACAUGGGAAGACGAAGAAGAUGAGUACUUGUCCCAUGCAGUUUAUGAGCAUUUGCAACUGAAUGAGAAGAAGUUGCAGGAAGUAAUUUGGUGCCCGAUAUGUAAGCGGGGCGAACUGCAAGAGAAUCAAAGUCUUAUUAGUUGCAAUCUUUGUGAGCUUCAGUUGAGGAAAGGCGAUGAGGUUAACUUGGAGCUACUACGGGUUAGGCUUGCAGAAGUCCAUGCUGAACAUCUUGAUCGAGGUUGCGUAUUGAAACCAAAGUUGAGCAUUGAGACUAGGUUUGAUAUAACCGCAUUAUACAUUUUUUGUACGGGUUGUAGUACUUUUGAGGUAGUUAUAUAGGCCUUCUUUGCUACCAAUUUUUUAAUUUUUUUGUUUUUUGUUUUUUUUUGGGUAAAAUCGAA